GGUUAUGUUGUUAGCGUCUAUUUUUUUGCUAUAAACAACUUAAAUAAUCAACAAAUAUUUGAUAUCACAACCAUGACGGCGCUAAAACAAGCCAUAUUACAUUCAUUACUACAGAAGGAAAGUUUGUGCUGCCUGUGUUUCGGCCCAGUUGGAUCUGAACAUGUUUAUUUAGGCGAUGAGGCGAUGGUGAACGAUCCUGGCGACGUAAAGCUUACUGAAGUGCUGCGUUACAUCCUAGGAUGUGAUGUGAUGAAUAAUUUAGCUUUCCAAACCCUAUGCGAUGAUUGUGUUAUAUCAGCCACACAAAGCUACAUGUUUAUCAAAAGAUGCAAAGAAAACACUGAAAAUCUACAACAAGCCAUUGAAAAUCUAGAUAUUUCUUUACAAAACUCAACAAGCAAUCCAGAAUCAUGCAAAACAAUAUUUCUUUCUUUAGACUCAAGUCUUACCACUCAGGUUUACUACGAUUAUAAAAAACCAGUUACUUCACUUCCAAAAGCUUUGGCGAGAUUUAAAUAUGUCGCCUCUGAUGUAUGUAAUGGUAAAUAUUACAUAGAGAGAUCUGUCAAUAAAGAAUCAAGCACCUGGAUUGUUCCAAUUGUUGGUAAAGAUUUUGAUGACAAUUUUGAUAGUGACUCGUGCAUAUCACCAGAAAAAAUAAAUAAAACUAAAAGGCAUCAUAGAGCUAAAGAAAUUUUAUCUGACAGUGUGAUGCUACAUGAAAAUAGUACAAAUAAGAAGCUAAUAUGCAAAGGUUGUGCAAAAACAUUUGAAAGUAUCACCAUGCUACGAAUGCAUUACAUGAGGGUUCAUGCAGUAAAGAAAUUACAGUGCCCAAAAUGUGAUCACAAAUUUGCUACUAGCAAGUUGCUAGAAUACCAUCUAAGUCUUUCCCAUGUGAAUGCCGUCUGUUAUGAAUGCGGAAAAACCUUUACUAACAUAGCGAGUUUAAAGAAACAUGAACUCUCCCAUAAUGUCUCAUCUAAGUAUAUCUGUCAGAAUUGUCACAGAGUAUACAAAACAUUACGAACCAUGAAAGAUCACAUUUACAACGGAGUUUGUGAGAGGGGAGGCAGAACAGGAAAAUCAGUUAAUAUAGGAAAGUUUAUUUGCGAUAUUUGUGAAAACCAUUUUGCUACGAAGAAUGCUGUACGCUCACAUAUGAUCACUCUUCACGGGUUUGGAUGUGACGAUGCUGUACACACUUGUUCAUGGUGUAAUAAGAGAUUUGAAGCGCUCAGCAGUUUGAAAGGCCAUAUAGUUAAGCAUACUAGAGAACGCAGGUUCCAAUGUGAUCUUUGCAAUGAAAAGUUCGUUACACAUCCAGCGUUAGUGAACCAUACUCGGUUGCACACUGGGGAAAGACCAUAUCUGUGCGACUACUGUGAUGAAGGCUUCAUCUCUGCUUCACGACGGAUGGAACAUAUGAGAAGAAAGCACUUGGAACCAUCACUUCCAUGCAGAUUCUGUCCCAUGAUAUUUAAAUCUGGCGCUGGUAAACGGAAACAUGAGCGAAGGCAUUUUAAUCCUGCUAGCAAGCUAUAUGUGCAGGAGGCUCUCAGGCCUGUAGGAAUCAAAGAACCAAAAGAACCUACACCAUCUACGAUCAAAAAGACGGUAGUAGUUAGUUAGUUACUUUCAAUAUCUAGAAAACUAAUAAACGCACAUUAU